AUGACCCCGACAAAAGCGCUAUCAGCUUUGGAGAAGCUACCUGUCGAGAUCCUGGAGGCUAUCAUUGUUUGGUUGCAGUUUCCGGACAUUUGCAGCCUUCGUUUGGUCUCACGAACCAUAGCCGCCAAAUCGGUUCAAAAGACGUUGAAGGGAUACUUCGCAAGCAAGACAGUGGACUGGACAUCAGCAACACAGGUGCAGGAAUUGGUACAGCUUACACAGCCUCACCGGGUGGGGUGCCUUUUGCAGAAUCUGUCUAUUAUCGGUACAGCGCCGUCGCAUAUCACGCCGUCUAACAAGGAUAUUCUCACCGAGGCUUUUAUAAACCUCCGACUAAAUUCAGUAUACGGGGGUUUGAAAUCCAUUAUCCUCUCAGUCCAAGGCAGAGAUGAUAGUGGCGAUAUCAUACCCUCGAAAAAGGUCCAUGAGUGGAAGCUAGUGUGGCAAACAGCAUCCCAGACUUUUAAAAUUGCCUGUCGAGCCCUUGCAGACAGCGCCCUCCACGUCGAAAGGCUGGAUGUAUUCGCCAGUAUUACUCGUUGCAGUCUGGCUUGUAACAAAAUAGCACCGGUUCUAGAUUAUACGAACAUGUCUAGAGCAUUAGCGAACUUGACCAGCGUCUCGUUAAGUUUAUCGCAUCACAUUGGGGAUGACCUGGGGAGUGAUUCCGAGAGCGAGUCAUUCGAUUCUAUUGGCCAUAGCCAACGCUAUACCAGUGACAUUAGGCGCUUUUUAGAAUUAUGCUCCCACCUCGAAACCCUUGAGCUACAUUGGUACAACCUGCCACGCAAGUCGAACCAAAUCGAAGCACAGAAAGAAGAGAGACAUUUCUUCAAUGAGAUUGUGAAAUUAGACCGUCUAUCUCAAAUACGGCAUUGUCGACUAUACGGUACCGACACUAAUGAGGCUGCGCUUGUUUCAUUUUGCAAGCAGGCGACACAACUUUGCAGCUUAACCCUAGAGUACAUUCACCUAACAGAGGGCAAAUACGAAUAUGUGUUCAACUGUCUGGCCAACCAGUUACCAAACUUGGACUAUCUUCACCUGGGUGACCUUUAUGAACAGCGUGUGAUCUACUUUGAUGAUCCUGGAACAGCGAGGUUCUCAUACACGUCAGGUUCUAAUGGGCCAGAAGUCAUUACAAGAACAGGAGUAGACUGCCAACACCCAAUCGGUUAUCACCAGAGAAGAGGUCGACCUAAGGGUUCUCCAGGACUUUUGAAAUGGACUAGAAAGAACAGGCUGCUAUAUGGUCCCCCGGAUGCGGUGACAUCAUACCAUAGCAGACUCUCAAAAAGAAGGCGACCCUAG